UUUUCGGCGCGACUAUACAUGAACGGAGCGGGGCAAGUGGGCGGAGUGAGCGUAUUUUUUAAGCGGAAUCUGUGCGCGGGCGUCGCGUGGGGCUUCCACGGUCCACGGAGUUACCAACUAAAACCACUCGAUGCCGGAUCACGACAAGUACCAGUUGCGCCCGCGCGCCGCGCGCUCCCGCGAGCCGCGUUCGCGACGCACGCCGCAACCCUUGAGCAAAUACAGAAGAAAAACCGCGAACGCUCGCGAAAGAAGCCGGAUGAGGGAAAUAAACCGAGCGUUUGAAACAUUGAGGAAAGCUGUGCCGGCUUCCGAAAUCACAGGCGCCCCAGUUCCAUGCGAGAAGUUGACGAAGAUAACCACGUUACGGUUAGCGAUGAAGUAUAUCACCGCUCUGUCCGCAGCCCUGAGAGACUCCAGUCCUGAAUCUAGCUCCGAUUCUCGUCCAGAACGAUGGUCUUCGCCAAUGUGCUCGGAGUUGUCAGAGUUCUCAACAGAACAAGAGACAACCUCAGAAUUCGCCGAAGACUCCCUAUCGCCCUUCGACUCAUUCUUCGCGGAGUUCGACUAUGAAUACAUCGACAGAACAUUUACGUGACAGUGCAGUGUUUUGGACUAUUUUCGGAUUAAUUAAUUAAUUAAGGAAUUCCUCAAUCUCUCGUAUUGCCAUAUUAAUUAUAUUAAUUAAUUUUAUUUUUUAAAUGUUUUUGUAAACAUAGUCUAUCGAGUGAGGUUUUGAGAUUUUAUUAGUGUUGUGUAAUUAUUAUUAUUAUUGCUUAAUUAAUAAAUUGUUUUUGUUAUGUUAGAGA